AUGUGGCGUCGUCCUUUUAUGUCGCUGGCUCAGAAAUUGCUGGGAAAAUGGAUCUUGAAUGCAGAACAGAGAGGGGGCUGGCGCUGGGAACACUCAUGGUUGAGCUCAUGGCCUAUCAAGAAAUCAACUCAAGGGAUCAUGCAGCUACUUCGACAUUUAUUCAUACCCGUAGAAUCUUCCAGGGCCAGGUCUACCUCCUUCGAAUGCGGUGUUGCCAGAGGAUGGAAAAGGGACAUUCCAGCUCAUCACUUCCCAGCUCGUCGUGGCAUCACCACGUUCUUUUUCCGGUUUCCGUUACCUUUAACAUCGCCAGCUUCGGUCGACUUUGGAUCAGGACUCGCGAAAAUUCGAUACGAGAUUCGAGCUAGUGCCUCUGUUGCCUGGAAAGGAGAGAUGCGUUUAGUAACAGACACUCAAGAAGUGCAGGUUGUAGAGAGUGCCGUGCAGGAAGUCGAGUCGGCAGGAACAGUUGUUGGAGAAAGUGGAAAGGUUUGGAUGCAGGGCAAGGUGCUGGGAGGCGCCGUGAUCGCAGGACAAACGUGUUGCAUCGAGCUCCACGUAAAAAACCAUUCACCAAGAAAGACAGCUGGGGUCAACGUGACUCUCCAGCGCAUGCUCCACCUGGAUAACCCACCCCCUCAGCACGCAAACCUGAUAUUGUCCGACACUCUGGUCACCGCAGCGUUCCACAGUGCUGAGUACUGCUGCCCUCCCGGGCUUGAGGGGGUUGCUAAGCUUGUCGUAAAUGUGCCCCGAAAUGCCAGGACGGUAAAAGGUGGCUCGCGAGAAAGCGGCGAGGCUGGUGCGGACAAGACAAUUCCCGCAUUAUUUGACAUUCGAGGAUCAGUUAGCGUUAGAUUGUGCAUGGGUGUUGGGGCCAAGGAUUUAGUAUUGAAUCUCCCGGUCGUGAUUUCUCACCCAUCCGCUUCAGCUCCUGAAGCACAGAGUUUAGGGCUGCCGAACCAAGACCCAGCGUUGUCGAGGGCCAGUUCUCCACAUACUCUAUACGAACCGCCGCGCUCACCCUUCCCGCCUUCUCAAUCACCAGUACAAUCUCAACCCACCGGAUAUUCGUCGUAUCCCCUGGCAGCAUCUCCCACAUUGCCGUACACGCAAUUAUAUUUUCCGCCCCCAUCUCCUCAAAUACCCCAUAUCUUGAGUCAGUUUCCGGCACCCCCUACCUCUCCUGGCUUACCCAUAUCUCCAAUUCUACCAAUGUCACCCAUGCAUCCUAUGUCGCCCGUGCAUCCUAUGUCACCGGUGCACCCCAUGUCGCCUGUACACCCCAUGUCGCCCGCCUUGUCUAUACCACCCGGCCCUUCAAUGUCUCCCAGCCCAUCUACAACGCCCGCCCCGGGCUAUCCUCGCACAACGUCCCCAGUGCAUGCCUACCAGAAUCACCCCCACCUCCAGCAACCCGAGGUGUACUCCCCCCCGAGGUCACCGCUACCCUCAACUGCCCCUAAAUCUCCUCAGUCUCCUCGCAGGGCGUUGCCCCAACCUCCGCAACGAAAGCCCCAAUCGAAACCUAGAGAGUCUAUGUCCAACGUACCACCACCUCUACCGCCCCGCCCUACUAGCGCAGAGCCUCACAUCCAUGAAGUCGGUGUUAAUUUACCUCCUAAUGGUGGUCCUCUAUCCCCUGCGGCAGGCCGCAUACAGGCAGCUGCCGAAGUCCCAGACCCGGUGGAAGGUAAAGGGACGCGAGCAUCGCGUGUAUCGGAGCACCUGAAGAUGUCGUCCCGAACGCGUUCUGUGUCUCCUACCGGGCGCCGAUUCCCAGGUCCUCCAAGCCACCCUGCUUCAGCCGAGAUGCCAGUUCCGGAAUCUAUUGCAGACACCGAGCUGGGUAUCCUUAGUCCACAAUUGGCGAAAUCGCCACUUCCCGGGGCCGUGCUCCGCGGCAAAAAUGCUGAUCACGGUGCAGUAAUAGGUCAGAUCCAAGGCUCAGAACCGAUAGCAGUGGAGAAUGAGGUGGAAAAAUCCGGGAUCAAAGGCGCAAGGGAAGCCCGGCGCGUCAGUAGAAAAUCGCCCGAGCGUUCUCCUAGGAAAUCCGAACAGCAAUCUCAGCCGCCACCAGGUCCUCGAGGGGGUAGAGAGAACCGCAGUCCAGGAAGAGCAUUGCCCCAACCUCCGGUCCGCGUUGAAAACGGGCCAAAGGAUGCUCCUGCAACUCCAACUCCGGCGCCAUCGACUGAAAGGCCUCCAACCUCUCCUAGAAAGAAGCUUCCCCAUAGCGCUAGUGCUCCCACAGUGACACCCAGUACGAGCCGUCCACCUCCCCCAGUAUUUAACCCACUUCAGCCCAUGUCGACUGGGUUGACUGCCCUGGAACGGCGUCUGACGAUUAGACCAGAACAGUCGCCUCUUCCACCCACCUCACCCACCCGAAAGCCGAAACCUAUUAUACCUGCUUUCGCUGUGCCAGAAAUACCUGCUGCUAGUUUUGAGAAGCCGAAACCUCCGAUUGUUCGUAAACCUGUCCCAUCUGUGGACGGAAACGAGGAUCUUCCUAUUUUACCAGAGCGUAAGACACCAGCAAGUUCUCGUCCGCCCUCUCCACGCGGUGAUCCUAUUCCAGUUGCCGAAGCUAAACCGCUGGUGCGGUAUGAGCUAACAGAUGGACCUAUGCCCAAGGUUGUUACUGACUUGGGCACUGUGGGACCGCCGACAAGCACUAUUCAAUCGCCAGUUCGAUCGCCUUCUAGACCAUCUGCCCAGUUGCAUGGGAAACCUUCCACACGACCACCCAGCUAUUCUGUUGUUCAACCGCCUCAGGAACCCCAUAACAAGUCGCCAGGUACUUCUUCGCGGUCCAGGCCUGGAUCGCUCCCACCUUCGACUCAGCCCAUCUCUCCUGUGCAGAUAUCUUCGCCUGAACCUGAUCCGCCUUCUCCGCAUACAUCUAGUCCGCAUAUUUCCCAAGCUAAACCUUUGGUGCGAUAUGAGCUAUCGGAUAAUCCAAUGCCCAAGGCUUCGCCUCAGCCAGGAACGCCAAAGAUAGCAGAGACUACCCAAUUACCUUCUCAGCCAUCUGUCCAGGCAAAUCGAGCCCCCACGCAACGAGCAAGCGCCCCUUCCCGGCCAUUACCAGAUUACUUCUCCCAAGCGACAUCGACUCCUCUACAGUCGAGGCCCACAUCACGCCCUGCAUCGGUUGAAGCGACUUCCAGUCCUAUCACUGAAUCAAAGCCGUUGGUGCGGUAUGAACUUACAGACAAUCCAAUGCCCAAGGCUGCUCCUCGACCCAAAGCACCUGAACCUGCGCCAGCUCCUGCCCGGGCGCUUGUGCAAGCUCCUGCUCGACAGCCGAAUGCCCCGGCCACCCCGUGGCCAAUUCCAGCGAGUCGGCCUCAACCAGCGACUGCACCUCCUCAACCCCAGGUGCAAGGAGGGACCCGUCACCCUCCAUUCACAACCGUAUCGACCCCUGUUAUUGAAACUCAGCCCUUGGGCCCUUCUGAACUUCCGUAUGAACCUAUAACUCUCAUACCAGCUGAACCAGAGGUGCCGAAUGUCACAAGGGAUGUUCCUCAGUCGCCUGUUCGCUCACCUCGGAAACCGGUCGAGCCCACUCCGUUUCCUCAGGAAGAGCCUAGCCAAGCAUCUGCUUCGCCUACUCGUCCAAAGCCAUUGGCACCAGCAACGUCGCCGAUGGUUCCCAACCAUGUACCUCGGUAUCAACUGUCUGACGGCCCGGUUUCUAAACCUGCAGUACGCUAUCAACUUACGGACCCUCCGGUCUCCAAGCCCUCAACAGCUGGUCCUUCUCCUAUCCCUACGUCGGGGCCCGAAGCCAUUCUUACGAGCCAUAGAGCCAACCUGAGACCGGUUUCCUCUACGAAGCCACCACCACAACCCAAGGCUCGGCCCCGUACUCCACCUUCUCCCAUACCAGCUGCGUCGGUCCCUCUACCCCAGUCUCCAGUAAAACCAAUCGCACCAUCGAGACCAAUAGCUGCGCCUAGGCCCCCGCCUCCGCCAUUCCCUCGCUCCGGAGAUCGUAUAGUUGACCACCUACCACCCAUGCAAGCUCAGCCAUCCUCUCCCAAACGCCAGGAUCCUGGUCCUCGAAGACCUCAUCCCAAGGAAUCCCAGACUCGGCCAAUUGUUCCUAUCGAGAGCGACGUAUUUGGAGGUGAACAGCGGAGGGCAUCGGAUCCUCAGAGGGCUGGCGGCGAAUCUCAGGCUGCUCAAAAGGCGAAGUAUUUUGAAUCACUUGCUGUAAUGAAGAGGAAUGACUCUUCCGAGAAACCUACGGUUUCUCCUCAAAAAACUCGUCAAAUUCUCCAGCCUCAACAGGCCAACACGCACAAGCCGAUUGUGGGAACCCGCCAUGCACAAGCGCAGAUUCGGUCGCUUCCAACCCAACCCCAGUCGCCUCCUAGGAUGACUCCGGUCCGGACCGUUCACUCUCCUGUAGAAAUCCUUGCACCUCGUCCUAUUCCUUCUCCUCAGGCAUCACCUAUAUUGAAUCGGAACUUACCUUUGAGGUCACCUUCCCCUGUAUUCACGGCAAAUCCUGUCCCUCCCACCCUCCCCACCGCUCGAUCAUUGAUUCCUAUCACAAGCUCAGGUUUUGAAGUUCCAGUGAUACUUCCUGGACGUGAUGCUCGAGAACGGGCAGAUGCUGCCCUUCGGGAAGCCGAAUUAUUCAGACUGAAGCGGGAGGCUAUCACACGGGUACCGAUGUGGCUCGGUAAUGAGUACACUCCACAAGCGCCGCCACCUACGAGAGUAAUCCGCUCAUCCGACAUGAAUGGAUUGCCCCUUCAGUCGUAUUGGGAUGUCCAACUUUCAACUCACGAAGAGCCUACUAUGGAGGAGCUGCUUUCGCGAGAGUCAACCCCAGUGGGCCGAGUAGCCUAUGACCCCCAGCUGAAGCAUCCCCGACCUAGACCGGUUUCUUCUAGACCCCCUGCGCUAAUGCCUAGCGAUAGGGAGUUGAUAGACAAACACAAUAUUCAACAAUCUGCUCGAGGAGGACGAGGAGGCCAAGUGACUUCUGUAACAUCCAUAUGGGAGAACGGAAAAGACGGUUCCACCGCUGCUCCUGCUUCCGAACGGAAACAUCAGGCAAAGAGAUACACAGCACCAAUGGGGAUGUUUGGAAUUACGGCUAAAGGUGUUUCGCCAAGCGAAGGGACAAGCACUGGCAUGAUCAAAUCUACAUCGGUCCCAGCAAUGAUCCACACAGGUCAAGCAGUUCCCAUACUAUCUUCCACCGCCUCUCUUGCUCGUCCCGUAGGUUCCUCGGGAAACCGAACCCGUAUGAUGUCGUUUGCGCCAUCUAUCCCCGAGUCACAAUCUGACGACGCUUUGGUACGAAAGGCGAGUCAAACUUCGGAUAAUAUCCCGGUUGGACAAGCAAAAUUGAAGGAAUUGAUUGGAAAGUACCAGUCAUGA